AAAAUGGCAACAUUGUUUAUGGCGUCUAAGCGGCAACUUGUUCUAUGUUUGUGAUAAUUUACUUUAGUUAAUGAGAAAAUGGAUGGUUUCACCAAUUCCAAAAUAGAGAAACAGACGAUAUACGAGAUAUACCGAGCAUGUCGGCUUUGCGGCGCGGGUGCUGGCUACAAAAUGCCAAUAAUACAAAAUGUCGUGGACUUGGAUAGCAGGGAAGUGGAGUUGAAGCAAAAAGUCCGUGAGUGUGUUCAAAUCGAGGUGCAUCAAGAUGACAAAAUGCCCCCGCUAAUAUGCGAGCUGUGCGUGGACAAGGUCAAUGACUUCUACAAGUUUCUGGAGAUGUGCCGACAAACUAACAAACGGACUAGGCUCCGUCUCGGCUUUCCACCUCAGACAUUGCCUAGAGGAGCGCCUGAUGCAGGUGACUGCAUAUUAGGAGUUACUGAGCCAAUCUUCGUAGAUAACGAGGACUCCAAUGAGCCUAUUCUGAGGUCCAAAAGUAAAUCUGUAAAGAGUGUCAAAGUCAAGAAGGAACCAGAGAGCCGAGAAUCCCGAAAUAAGAAGGAUGGAAAAGAGCAUAAGAGUGAGAAGGAAAAGGAGAGAGAUGAACGUAGGAGUGAAAGAGACAAGUUCCUGCAUAGUAGAGUUAUAAAGAAGGAGGGUGGUCAUGACAGCAUAGAGCCCCGGACCCUUCGCCGCAGGGCCGCGAGUCCGCCUUCCAGCCCACCAGACAGUCCCGCGCGUUUGCUGAGAGGCACAAAGCGACAUCACGAUGAUGACGUUUCACUUAGCAGCAUACAGAAAUCUAAAAGAUCCGAUGAAACAACUCCCAGGUCCCUAUUGAAGCGAGACAGAGAAUCUGUUAAGUCCGUAGACUCAACAAAAGUGACAAGGUCGCGCGAGAAAGAAAACGAGAAAUUGUUCAACAGCAAGAAAGUCAAGAUCGUGAUAAACAAGAUGAGCUUAUUGCCCAAACCGCCGAGCCCCAAACCCCAACCGAAACCGUCGCCACACAGUAUGCUAAAGUGUAAGGUGUGCAAAAGUACCUUCGAUAACAGCAGGUCGCUCAGCAAUCACAUGAAGUCGCAUCCACACAGCAAGCCAGUCGAACGUAAAGCCUCCCCGCCACCGCCGCCCAGAAAGGAAUUAAAAAAAAUCGAAUGCAAGCAAUGCAAACGGGAGUUCAACGCCAGGAGCCUUAUGAAAAUUCACAGGUGCAAUGCAAAUGCUGAUAUCGGUGAUGCAGAAAAAGAUAGUAAAGACGAGACAGCGGAAGCAAAUAAUGAUAAAACUCGCGUAAACGGACAGUCUGACUUAACAGAAGCGUUCAGUAUGGACGAUUUAGAGAAUGUGAGUGAUACCGAAAUAGAAGACAGUAGGUUAAUGGCAGCCCUGGAUAAACAAAUAGAUGAAAAUUAA